GGAGAAUUAUAGUUGGCAACUCUACCAACGACCGACUACCUAAGUCCGAAAAAUAGGCGUGUUUUGUUUUCAUCAGUUUUAAUUUCGUUUUCCAAAUAAAAACAAUGACUAAGUCUAAAACUGGGUAUUUUGCUCUUGGUUUCUUCACGUUUGCUGCUACAUUUAUAAUAAUUUCAUUUGUUAGCCCAUACUGGUUGAUAACCGAUGGAAAACUCAAGGAACCCAAAUUUAUUAAACUAGGUUUAUGGGAGGUGUGCUUUCAUAAAUUUGAAGACGUACAUCAUUGGUAUGAAACUAUAUUCAAUAGUUGUUGGUGGAUAUUCGAAGAAGAGUAUUACAUUAUACAUGACUUACUUUUACCCGGAUUCUUCAUAGCAACGCAAUUCUUCUUUACAAUAGCGUUAUGCUGUGUACUUGUAUCGCUAUUUUUGGCGUAUAUUUAUAUGAAGAAAGAUAAAGAUGACGAAAAUUAUUUGACUCUUUUAGUCACUUUGGGGACUGUGCUCGUUAUUGGAGGUUUUGCUGGUAUGAUAUCAGUAAUCAUUUUUGGAGCAAGAGGAGAUGGUCGGGACUGGAUGCCUAACUGGGAACACAAUGACCUUGGUUGGGCUUUUGCUCUUGGGGUCAUAGGAGUAAUUGCCCUCUUUCCUGCAGGCAUCUUAUUCUUAGUAGAAGCAAGAGUACAAAAAUAUAAACGGUUACAUGAAAUGCAGAGCCGUGAGCCUUCAGCAUAUACUAUGCAUGAGAGGAAGAUAAGCUAUGCUGGUGGUCACACUGAUAUUUAAGUGAAUUGAUUGGAAUGUUAAGGAGAUAUGACAUUAUUAGAUGUAAGGUUACUUAAAGAUACAUUGUAUACAUUCAAUGUAUCAAGUUUUAUUUGUUUUGCCAUUUUUGGUAUGUACUUAGAUUUAAGAAGUAAUAACAUGUUGUAAGCAGCACUAAUCCGUCCAAAUUGAAUUUCAUUAAGAAAUAUAAAUUAAGAAUCAGUUUUGAUUUAUCUGUUCAAAUGUAAGCAAUGUCCCAAUGGGAGUGGUGCAAAUCACUUUUGCUAUUGAAAAAUAUUUCUAAUUUGUAUGUUUAUAUAACCAGGGAAACAAACAAAUAAUGCACAAUGUUUGGAAAUUAUUAUAAAAAAAUUCAAAAGCUGGUUCAAUUCAUGUGCCACAGCCCAUACCUUUGCUUUCAUUUGGACAGUUUUGUAUAAUUUAUUGUGUUUAGACUUAUGUUUGCAUUUAGAUGCCAAAGUAUUUUUAUACCUAGAAAAAUUAACAUUGUACAUUUGUGAAACAUAUUUUUAUUAUUUUCUAUCAUUCAGUUACUAAUUUGUGUAUCCACAAACAUGCUUGCAUAAACUAUUUCAUAUUAAAAGAAAUAGGUUUCUGUAUUAAACCUAUGUAAGAGCUGACUAUGUAUUCAACAAGUAAAUAUAUCAAAAUCCACAAAUUAUAAAUAAAAAAGCUGGUAUAAAAGCUUGCAAACAAUUUGAGAAUACUAUUAAGCUUUUGGUGUUUUUAUAUAAUUGUUUUUUUGUUUCUUUUGAAUAAGGAGACAAGCUUGCCAUUUGUCUGAUGAUAAGCGAUACAACCGCCCAUAAACAAGAGAAACACCUUCAAUUACAAAAUAUUGUUUGGUAUUUCACUGUGCUUGUUAUCCUGAGAUGACAUGUUAAGACUUAUUAUGUUACAUUGGCUACAAUGUCAUUCAAUCUGGAACACAACAGUGUUACACACUGGUGCUUGGUGGCAGAAAUAGACAUUGUGGUGGUACCUACUCAGACAGACUCUCACAUAUGAGAGACCUACCACCAGUUAGUUUAGUUACACUUAUGCCACAUGGUAGUAUUCUCUAAUUGUUUACAGGCUAUUAUAGACAAUAUCAACAAACUUUUCUCAGCACUUCUUAACUAUUUGCCAUAAUAAAGUAGAACUUACAAUUUACAUUCUACAUUUAACAUAUUUUUAAGAUAAUUUCUUGCAGUAACAGUGCUAUGCCCACUGUAUGCCAAUGAGUGACUGCCUCGGUAGCGUAGUAGUACACGGUACAAGUACGACUACCGCGCUGAGGUCCUGGGUUCGAA